AUGCAUGAUGAAGCCUCCUCAAGUCAAUUUAACUUCCCAAAGGAGGAAGAGAAAAUCCUAAAAUUCUGGCAGGAAAUUGAUGCUUUUAAGACACAACUAAAGCUGUCAGAAGGGAGACCCCCGUACAGCUUUUACGACGGCCCUCCUUUUGCCACUGGCUUGCCACAUUAUGGGCAUCUGUUAGCUGGAACCAUAAAAGAUAUUGUAACAAGAUAUGCUACACAGACUGGACAUCAUGUUGAACGAAGAUUUGGUUGGGAUUGUCAUGGUCUUCCAGUUGAAUACGAAAUUGACGGACGCCUUAAUAUCAAGGGCAAAGAUGACGUCUUGAAAAUGGGUAUUGACAAAUAUAACGCAGAAUGCCGUAGCAUCGUAAUGAGAUAUUCAAAUGCAUGGCGUGAAACAGUUGAGCGUCUUGGUCGGUGGAUCGACUUUGAAAAUGAUUACAAAACUCUCAAUACAUCAUUCAUGGAGAGUGUAUGGUGGGUCUUUAAGCAGCUUUACGACAAGGGACAAGUUUAUCGUGGUGUAAGAAUUAUGCCUUUUUCGACAGCAUGCACGACUCCAUUGUCUAAUUUUGAAGCUGCUCAGAAUUAUAAGGACGUAAAUGAUCCCGCGAUCGUUGUUUCCUUUCCGUUGGUUCAUGAUGCCGACACCUGGCUUUUGGCGUGGACAACAACCCCCUGGACACUCCCAAGUAAUCUUGCGCUUUGCACACACCCUGAAUUUGAAUACAUUAAGAUCAAGGAUAUCUCGACUGGUCAUACAUACAUUCUUCUCGAAAAAUGUCUUAAGAUUCUUUAUAAGAAUCCGGAAAAGGCCAAGUAUACUGUGUUGCAAAAAUAUCUUGGGAAGGAUAUGAAAGGAUGGGAAUACAUUCCAUUGUUUGAUUAUUUUGUCCCCCAGCUUAAAGGGAGAGGUUUUGUAGUUGUAAACGACACAUAUGUUACUGAUGAUAGUGGUACUGGCAUUGUUCACCAAGCACCAGCGUUUGGUGAGGACGACUAUCGCAUAUGCUUGGAAAAUGGUAUUAUCACUGAGGAUGGUUUUCUUCCGUGUCCUGUUGAUGAACAAGGCCGAUUUACAGAUGAAGUGCCUGAUUUUUCUCCGAUGCAUGUGAAGGAAGCGGACAAGGAAAUACAGAAAACAUUGAAACAAAAAAAUCGGCUAAUUGUUCAGUCACAAUUGAUGCACAGCUAUCCUUUCUGUUGGCGAUCAGAUACACCACUGAUUUACAAAGCCGUUCCAUCGUGGUUUGUUCGCGUGCGUCCUAUUAUCGACAGACUUCUGAAGAACAACAAAGAAACAUAUUGGGUUCCAGACUUUGUGCAGGAAAAACGGUUUGCCAAUUGGAUUAUAAAUGCACGUGACUGGAAUAUUUCACGUAAUCGCUACUGGGGGACGCCAAUACCUUUAUGGGUUAGCGAUGACUAUAAAGAAAUUGUCUGUAUAGGAUCCAUUGCCGAACUCGAAGAGUUGUCUGGAUGUGAUAAAUUAAUCGACAUUCACCGCGAUGAAAUAGAUCAUAUCACAAUACCUUCUAAGACAGGAAAAGGUGUAUUAAGGAGAAUUGAAGAAGUUUUUGAUUGCUGGUUUGAAUCUGGCAGCAUGCCGUACGCACAAUGUCAUUAUCCGUUUGAAAAUAAGGAGAAAUUCGAAGCUUCCUUCCCAGCCGAUUUUAUUGCAGAAGGACUUGAUCAAACACGAGGAUGGUUUUAUACGCUUAUGGUACUGUCGACUCAUUUGUUCGACAAACCAGCGUUUCAAAAUCUAAUAGUUAAUGGACUUGUCCUGGCAUCAGAUGGCAGAAAAAUGAGCAAACGGUUAAAAAACUAUCCAGAACCAACAACUAUUAUUAAUGCUUAUGGUGCAGACACUCUAAGGUUGUACUUGAUUAAUUCUCCAGUAGUCCGCGCCGAACCAUUGCGAUUCAAGGAAGAAAGUGUGAAAGAAGUGUUAUCAAAAGUCUUCUUGCCGUGGUAUAAUGCAUAUCGUUUCUUCAGUUCACAAAUUCUACUACUCAAAAAGGAAAAUGAAAUUGAUUUCAAAUAUAAUCCAUCUGCCGAGAAAUCAGCAAAUGUUAUGGACAGAUGGAUCCUGGCCUCGUGUCAGAGUCUGAUUAAGUUCGUUAGGGAAGAGAUGGCCGCGUACCGCUUGUACACGGUUGUCCCAAGGCUUCUUCAACUCAUUGAAGAGCUUACAAAUUGGUACGUGCGAUUCAAUCGUAAGCGACUAAAAGGUGAAAAUGGAUCAAAUGAUGCUGUAGAUGCAUUGAAUACACUUUUUGAAGUGUUAUUCACAUUAUGUCGUGUCAUGGCUGCAUUUACCCCAUUCUUAACGGAGAAUAUGUAUCAAACGCUGAAGACUUUUCUUCCACCACAAGAUCCAAAUAUCGAUGUCCGAUCUAUACAUUUCCUAUCAUUUCCUGAAGUGCGAGAAGAGUAUUUCGAUCCUGAAAUCGAGCGUCAAGUAUCCCGUAUGCAGGCUGUUAUUGAACUUGGAAGGUUUAUACGUGAGAAAAAAAGUAUUGGCUUAAAAACGCCAUUAAGCGAACUAAUUGUUAUACAUUCUGACUCACAAUAUCAUGAGGAUGUACUAUCAUUACAGAAUUAUAUUAAAGAGGAGUUGAAUAUAAAAUCUUUGAUAGUUACAUCGGAAGAAGAUAAGUAUGGAAUAAAAUAUCGAGCUGAGGCUGAUUGGAAAGUUCUUGGACCUAAACUCCAAAAGAAUACACCAAAAAUCAAAGCGGCAUUGCCCAAAUUGACAUCUGAUCAAGUAAAAGAGUUUGCCAAAAAUGGGGAGAUGACGAUCGAUGGAAUUAGAAUAGUUGAGGAGGAUCUUACGGUCGUCCGAUAUUUUGAGGCGGAGAAUGGUCAUCAUGAGACGAAUACCGAUAAGGAUGUGUUAAUAUUGUUGAAUGUGAACAUAUAUGAGGAGCUGCAGGAAGAGGGAUGGGCUAGGGAAGUUGUUAACAGGGUACAGAGGUUGAGGAAAAAGGCUGGUCUCCAACCAACUGACGCGGUAACUGCAUACUAUAAGAUCAUGGAUGAUCCCAACGAUCAGAUUCAAAAAGUAAUGGAUACUCAAUCUGCUGUCAUCAUUAAAACGCUCAAAAGGUCGUUGAAGCCAUAUCAUGAAAAGAGUGAUGAAGCUGAAGUUAUCAUUGAGGAAGAACAAGAA